ACACAAUAUUGUCACGUGUUUUAUUCGUGUUUUUUCUCUCGGUUUUUUUUACCAAAAAAAAAAUUGUUUUGAAAAUAUUUUGCUGUUUUUUUCCAAAUCAAAAUAAUUUAUUUAUUUUGCAAUUAUAUCCUGAAUUAAACAUGGCUGAUGAUGAAAGUAUUGUGGACAAUCCAUGGAAAAUGGAUAUACCGAAAUUUCGUCCCGAAGAUAAUCCACAUGGUGUUCUUGUUGAAAGUGCAUUUGCAACAUUAUUUCCAAAAUAUCGUGAAAAAUAUUUAAAAGAAUGUUGGCCAUUAGUACAAAAAACAUUAGCCGAAUAUUCUAUCAAAGCUGAAUUAGAUUUAUUAGAAGGAAGUAUGACUGUUGCAACAACAAGAAAAACAUGGGAUCCAUAUAUAAUAAUCAAGGCUAAAGAUAUGAUAAAAUUAUUGGCACGUUCAGUACCAUAUGAACAAGCGAUCAAAAUACUUGAAGAUGAAAAUGCAUCCGAUAUAAUUAAAAUUGGUGAUUUAGUAAAUAAAAAAGAAAGUUUUAUACGUCGACGACAACGUUUACUUGGGCCAAAUGGUUCUACAUUGAAGGCAAUAGAAUUAUUAACUAAUUGUUAUGUAUUAGUACAAGGUAAUACAGUUGCUGCAAUUGGUCCACAUAAAGGUUUACAACAGGUUCGAAGAAUUGUUGAAGAUACAAUGAAAAAUAUACAUCCAAUCUAUAAUAUUAAAGCAUUAAUGAUCAAACGUGAACUUGCUAAAGAUCCUAAACUUCGUAAUGAAAAUUGGGAUCGUUUCCUGCCAAAAUAUAAAGCAAAAAAUCUAUCCAAACGUAAACGUCCGAAAACUGUAAAUAAAAAGAAAGAAUAUACACCAUUCCCACCGCCACAAACUGAAAGUAAAAUUGAUAAACAACUUGCAACGGGUGAAUAUUUUAUGGAACAAAACAAACAACAUCGACGUGAUAAAUCGGCAAAAAAUAUCGAAACAAAACGUCGACAACAAGAAAAACGUGAACGAUCAUUUAUUCCACCAUCGGAACCGGAUUUUAGUUCAACAAAAAAUUAAAUCAAGAACCAAGAAUUUUUCCUUGGAUUCUGCGUUCAUUUUGUUGUUUUGUUUUGUUUUGUUUAUCGUCAUUAAUCUGAUUGCAAUUAAGACUGAUGAUGACGUUGAUGGAAACAAUGUGUGUGUGAUUUUAUGUGUUUAAUGUGUGCAUGUAUACCG